GUUGUAGUAAUAUCGCACUGGGCUCGUAUCUGGUGUGACGGAGCGAGAGGGGCUGCUGCGCGUCAGCGGGGGACACACCACGCACCAUCCCCACGAUUCAACACGCAUUCCGCCGCCGGCAAUGACAUUAGUUGAUUGAAGGGGGAAAUACACGAGAAAAACGCCAAAAUGACAGUGGACUUUGAAGAAUGUAUAAAAGAUUCACCCAGAUUCAGGGCUGGUAUUGAUGAUGUGGAGACAGAUGUGGUGGAAAUUGAAGCAAAGCUUGACAAGCUGGUGAAGCUGUGCAGCGGGAUGAUUGAGGCCGGCAGGGCCUACGUCAGCGCCAACAAGCACUUUGUUAACGGCAUCAAAGAUCUUUCCCAGCAGUGCAAGAAGGAAGCGAUGAUAUCGGAAUGCCUCGAGAAGUGUGGGGAAAGGCUCCAGGAGAUCGUCAACUAUCACAUGAUUUUGUUUGACCAGGCUCAGAGGUCAAUCAAGCAGCAGCUUCAUACCUUCAUCAAAGAGGAUAUACGCAAGUUCAAGGACACCAAGAAGCAGUUUGACCGAGUGCGUGAGGACAUGGAGCUGGCUCAGGUGAAGAACGCACAAGCGCCCAGGAACAAGGUGCACGAGGCAGAGGAGGCCACCCAGGCUCUCAUCCUCAGCCGCAAGGCCUUCAGGCAUCUGGCACUGGACUACGUGCUGCAGAUUAAUGUGCUUCAGGCUAAAAGGAAGUUUGAAAUCUUGGAUGCAAUGCUGUCCUUCAUGCAAGCCCAGUAUUCCUUGUUUCAACAAGGCUUUAACAUCUUGGAUGAGAUUGACCCCUAUAUGAAAAAACUGGCUGCACAGCUGGAUCAGCUGGUUAUUGACUCAGCCAUGGAGAAGAGAGAGCUGGAGCACAAACAUGCCAUCAUCCAGCAGAGAACUCUGAUGCAGGAUUUUUCCUACGAUGAUCCUAAACUGGAAUUCAAUGUGGAUGCACCCAAUGGCGUCGUCAUGGAGGGCUACCUGUUCAAGAGGGCCAGCAACGCUUUCAAGACCUGGAACAGGCGCUGGUUUUCCAUCCAAAACAGCCAGCUCGUCUACCAAAAGAAACUCAAGGACUCUUUGACAGUUGUGGUGGAGGAUCUGAGGUUGUGCUCGGUCAAACCAUGUGAAGAUAAUGAGAGAAGGUUCUGCUUUGAGGUGGUUUCCCCCACCAAAAGCUGCAUGCUGCAAGCAGAGUCUGAGAAGCUGCGGCAGGCUUGGAUCCAAGCGGUCCAGGCGAGCAUCGCUUCUGCUUACAAAGACAUUGCUGACAACUAUUACAUUGAGCGUUUGGACCGGACCGCCUCACCCUCCACCAGCAGCAUCGACUCUGCCAGUGAGCCGCGGGAGAGGGGGGACAGGGCUGACAGGGGAGUUCGAGCAGGGGGAGAGAGUCUCCUCCAGCGGGUGCAGUGCCUGCCGGGCAACGAGCUGUGCAGCGACUGCAGUCAGACGGCUCCCUGCUGGGCCUCGAUCAACCUCGGAGUCCUGCUCUGCAUUGAGUGCUCAGGGAUUCACAGGAGUUUAGGCGUCCAUUUCUCUAAAGUGCGUUCACUGACGUUGGACUCAUGGGAGCCAGAAUUACUGAAGCUGAUGUGUGAAUUGGGGAACACUGUGAUCAAUCAAAUUUAUGAAGGAGCCUGUGAGGAACUAGGAGCAAAAAAACCUGGACCAUCCAGUUCCAGACAGGAGAAAGAGGCCUGGAUCAAGUCUAAAUAUGUGGAGAAGCGCUUCUUGAAGAAGCUGAGUGGGAGCGAGGUGUUGGUAGAAGGGGAGAGAAAGGUCCGUCCGUGGUUGGUGAAGAAGUGCAGGCGACACAACAGCUCAGUUCGGGCCCCAAACAAGACCCGCAGGAAAUAUCACCGCUACGAGCCUGGCAGUGCCUCCCCUGCAAACCUCUCAGCCGCAGCUGCAGCAAAGUUUCGUCGGGAUUCCCUUUUCUGUCCAGAUGAGCUGGAUUCUCUCUUUUCUUACUUUGACACUGGCUCCGGUCCUCGAAGCCCCGCAGGUCUCAGCAGCGAUAGCGGCUUGGGAGGAAGUACUGAUGGCAGCACAGACAUCCUGGUUUUUGGCUCAGUGGUGGACAGUGUAACGGAAGAAGAAGAGGAGUCAGAGGAGUCUUCCAGUGGCGAGGUGGAGAUUGAACAGGAAGUGUCCUCAGACCCCGAGGACCCACGGGAGCUGCACCCCGGGGCGCUGCUCCAUCGAUCCUCCCGCCUCCACAACUUGCCGCUCAUGGCUGAAGCGUUGGCACAUGGCGCUGAUGUGCACGCUGCUAAUGAGGAGGAGGAGGGGAAAACGCCGCUCAUUCAGGCUGUGGUGGGGGGCUCUUUGAUAGCGUGUGAGUUUUUGCUGCAGAAUGGGGCCGAUGUGAACCAGAGGGACAUGAGAGGCAGAGGCCCCCUGCAUCAUGCCACCAACCUGGGGCACACUGGCCAGGUGUGUCUCUUCCUCAAGAGGGGAGCAUCGCAAACGGAGGUGGAUGAGCAGGGUCACGAUCCUCUCAGUAUCGCUGUGCAGGCCGCCAACGCAGACAUUGUCACUCUGUUGCGUUUGGCACGGAUGAACGAGGAGAUGCGCGAGGCAGAGGCUCCACUGGGUCAGCCAGGGGUUGCCACGAGCAGCAGGACAGUUAAAAUCAAGGAUAUCCGGGAUAGAGUGACAUCUCCUGUGCUGAUGUCUUUCACGACUUUUCUGUCAUCGCGUCUCUACAGCCCGAGAAGUUGAGGAGAAGAAGCAUACAGUUCAGCCGUUGCAAGAAGCCAUUCUGAUGAUUCACCCCCAAUUCAAUGCCCACUGUUGGAUCACUCUGGAAUCAAAAGAGAUGCAGCAGUAUGCAAUUAUUAAAGACAUUUUAAAAUGGGUAUUUAAUGCUGUGGGCAUUAGAAAAAGGCAAGUGGUAAAACUAUUCUACAAAAUAAAACAAGUAAGUCAUCAUUAUUUAGAUUUGUUUGGUUAAGGAUAAUAUAAAGAUAUUCAUCUUGUCAAAAUGUUUUGUGGAUCAAACUCAUACAUUGCAUUUGUGUGAUUUCAGUUGGUCUCACACAUAUAUGGUAAUAGAAGUGAUAAACAUGCAUGAGUGUCUUCAUAACAUGUCAAAAGAAUAAGAAAAGAGACACAUCUGAGAAGAUAAAAACAAAAAACCUUGAAAAAUCCAGGUGACUUUCUCAAGGUCUUCUCAAGUUUUGGAUCCCACAUUUCCACAAACUCUGUGUCAUUUAAACUUUGAAACUGAAAAGCCAAGCCAAAAUAACACUUUUGAAAUAAUUUGUGACAUUUUCAACACAAAGUAAACUAUAAACGACAUGAUGGAAAUGUUCCCUCUUACCUGGACAUGCUCUCUGUGACAAGUACUAAACUUGACAUUGAAAAUCACUCCAAUCACCAUUGGAGGUUUAUUGAUGGUUCUAUUUUCUUGACACAAGUCUUUUGUAAAAGGAUUUUCCUUAUUUAUGUAUCGAAUAGUAUAAAUAAAAUAAAAACAAAU